AUGGCUGGAUCUGGAAGUUCUGAGGUACGAACUCCGAUCUUUUCCGGUGAGAACUACGAGUUCUGGAGGAUCAAGAUGGUGACAAUCUUCAAAUCUCUUGGGCUGUGGGGUCUGGUAGAAAAGGGGAUUCCAGUCUCUGAUUCGAAGAUGAAGACCAAGAAAGUUGAAGAAUCAUCGGAGGAAGAAGCUGAAGCAGAGAUGUGUGUUGUGCUCAUGAAGGAUGCAAAGGCACUGGGCAUCAUACAAAACGCUGUCUCUGACCAGAUCUUCCCUCCGAUUGCAAAUGCCGAUUCAGCAAAAAUGGCUUGGACUCUGCUCUACAGUGAAUAUCAUGGAGGUGAUCAGGUUAGAUCUGUAAAGCUUCAGAAUCUUAGACGAGAAUUUGAGUAUAUGAGGAUGCGUGAAGGUGAACAACUUACUGCAUAUCUUACUCGAUUAAAUGAAUUGAUAAAUCAAAUGAAAACAUUUGGAGAGGUGUUAUCAAACGAGAGGCUGGUUCAAAAGGUGUUAAUCAGUCUUAGUAGAGUUUAUGAUCCCAUCUGUUUGGAUUAUUAA